AUGACCAACCCAAGCCAGACACAGCCAUCUGGUGCGAUUUCGAUGGAUGAGAAGCACCACCACGGUGUUGACGUUUCUCAAGCGGCUGAUGACCUAAGAGGCUUCCAGCGCGACCACCAAUGGGAUCCAAAUCUGUCUCAAGAAAAGGCCGACAUGGUCAAGAAGGCUCUCCAAGAUGACCACUCGGAGGAAAUCAUCACUGCAGACGCCAUUCUCACCGAAGACUCCCCAUACGAAGAGGUCCGAGCCGCCGUACGUAAUACCGAUGGUGAAGAGGUUGCGAAUACCGUUCGCGCGUGGAUCUUGGGGAUGAUAUUUGUCACGAUCGGCAGUGGGCUGAACAUGUUUCUGAGUAUGAGGAGCCCGGCAAUCAACUUCCCGUCAAUCAUUGUUCAGUUGCUCGUUUACCCUAUCGGUUGCCUAUGGGCCAAAGUCAUGCCCACAAAGGUGUUCAACACAUUCGGAGUCCAAUGGACUUUUAACACGGGACCUUUUACGAUAAAAGAACACGUCGUCGUCACACUAAUGUCUAACGUGUCCAUCGGCUACGCUUACAGCACAGAUGCCCUCCUAGCAUUACAGGGCAAGCCGUUUUACGACAUUAAUCUCGGCUGGGGUUUCCAAUUGCUAUUCACUCUCAGCUCCCAAUUGAUCGGGAUCGGUCUCGCUGGGCUCUGCCGUAGAUUCCUCGUCUGGCCGUCGGCUAUGAUAUGGCCAAACCAAUUUGCAAAUACUUCUCUGUUCUACGCGCUCCACGACAAGAGCAAGAGUGACGGCUCGCAUAGUAAUGGAUGGGUCAUCAGCCGCUACCGGUAUUUCUUUUAUGUCCUGGGGAUCAUGUUCUGCUAUUACUGGAUUCCGGGUGUCAUCUGGCAAGGCUUGUCGGUGUUUGCAUUCAUUACGUGGAUCAAGCCAAACAAUGUCGUCGUGAACCAGCUGUUUGGCGGCUUCACAGGGCUUUCGCUGAUUCCGAUUACUUUUGACUGGACUUAUAUCUCUGCGUACCUCGGAGACCCUCUUCUCUCACCUACGCAUACACAUAUCAACGUCCUCAUCGGUCUCUUCACCUUUGUCAUCAUUCCGACUAUCGGUAUUGCGUACACGGGGGCCCUUUUCUCAGAGUAUCUGCCUAUAAACACCUCGCAGACGUACGACAACACCCAGGGCUCGUACAAUGUCAGCAAAAUUCUCGGCCCAGGCUACACAUUCGACGUCGAAAAGUACAAGCAGUACUCGCCACUGUUUCUGCCACCCACCUUUGCUCUCAACUACGGUCUGUCUUUCGCUGCUCUUACCGCUGCAAUUGUUCACUGUACACUGUUCCAUGGAAAGGAGAUUUGGUAUAGACUCAAGGCAGCGCGCAACCAGGAGGCUGAUAUCCACAUGAAGUUGAUGAAGAAAUACCGAGACGCACCAGAGUGGUGGUAUGCCGUCCUCCUCGUCAUCGCCAUUGGUCUUGGCCUCGCUACUGCGGAGGGCUAUGAAUCUCAACUGCCCUGGUGGGCAUUCUUCGUCGCGAACAUUCUGGCCAUGGUCUUUGUCGUUCCAACCUGCACUAUUUUGGCCAUUUCUAACUUGGGACUGGCGCUCAAUGUGCUUUCUCCCUUCUUAGCUGGGUUCAUGAUUCCGGGAAAACCCAUUGGCGUUAUGAUUUUCAAGGUUUACAGCACAAUCACUCUAGGUCAGGCGCAAACGUACUCUGGCGAUCUCAAGAUGGCCCACUACAUGAAGAUUCCACCUCGCAUUACCUUCUGGUGCCAGGUUGUGGCUACCAUUUGGGCUGUCUUUGUACAGAUAGCAGUCAUGAACUGGACUCUGGGAAAUAUCGAGGACUGCUGCGCCCUUCAUCAAGCAGCACAUUUCACCUGUCCUAAUGGAAGAGCCUUCUUCUCAUCGUCCAUUGUCUGGGGAGUGAUUGGCCCGCGAAGGAUGUUCGGCGCGGGCUCCAUCUACCAAAACUUUAAUUACUUUUGGCUCAUCGGCGCCUGUCUCCCUGUCGUAUUCUACGUCCUCUCGCGGGUUCUCAACCUCAAGUUUGCCAAGGUCUUCCACGCUCCGGUUAUGCUUGGCGCCAUGGGCUGGCUGCCGCCGGCUACGCCCCUCAGCUUCUCAAGCUGGGCCAUCGUGGGCCUCGUUUUCAACUACGGCAUCCGGAAGAGGUUCCACGGCUGGUGGAAAACGUAUAAUUACAUCACGGCCGCCGCACUGGAUGCAGGCCUCAUCAUCAGCACCAUCGUCAUCUUCUUCGCCAUCACGCUACCCAACGUCACGAUACCGCAGUGGUGGGGCAAUGUCGACGUUUACAACACAAAGGAUGCUACUUAUGGCGCCAUUCUAAAGACGGUGGGGAAGAAUGAGACCUUUGGCCCAGCGAGCUGGUGA